AUGGCCGCGCCUGCCCGCCGUCUGUGCCACAUCGCCUUCCACGUGCCCACCGGGCAGCCCCUUGCCCGGGACCUGCAGCGUCUCUUCGGCUUCCAGCCCCUGGCGGCGCGGGAGGCGGACGGCUGGCGGCAGCUGGCCCUGCGCAGCGGCGACGCUGUUUUUUUGGUAAACGAGGGCGCGGGACCCGGGGAGCCGCUGUACUGUCUGGAUCCGCGGCACGCGGUGCCGAGCGCCACGAACCUGUGCUUCGACGUGGCGGACGCCGGUGCCGCCGCCCGGGCGCUGACUGCGCGGGGCUGCCGCGUUCCGGUGCCCCCUGUUAGCGUGCAGGACGCGCAGGGCGCCGCCACCUAUGCCGUGGUCAGCUCGCCCGCCGGCAAUCUCAGCCUGACCUUGCUGGAGCGCGCCGACUACCGCGGGACCUUCCUCCCCGGCUUUGAGCCCGUACCCUCCGCGCCGGGCCCCAGCUGGGUCAGCCACGUGGACCAUCUGACCUUGGCCUGCACCCCCGGCAGCUCCCCCACACUUUCGCGCUGGUUCCACGACUGCCUGGGCUUUUGCCACUUGCCGCUGAGCCCAGGUGAGGAUCCGGAGCUGGGCCUCGAGGUGGCAGCAGAGUCUGGGCGCGGUGGGCUUCGGCUUACCGCCCUGCAGACCCCACCAGGCAGCAUUAUUCCCACCCUCGUGCUGGCUGAGUCCCUGCCGGGAGCCGCCGAAGAACAGGACCAGGUGGAGCAGUUCCUGGCUCGGCACAGGGGGCCGGGCCUGCAGCACGUGGGACUAUAUACGCCCAACAUCAUGGAGGCCACCGAGGGGCUGGCAGGGGCCGGGGGCCAGCUCCUGACUCCCCCUGAGGCAUACUACCAGCAGCCAGGCAAAGAGAGACAGAUCCUAGCGGCGGGGCAGGAACCUAGCCUUCUGGCCCGACAAGGAAUCCUGCUAGAUGGUGAUAAAGGCAAGUUUCUGCUUCAGGUCUUCACCAAGUCCCUUUUUGCUGAGGACACCUUCUUCCUGGAGCUGAUUCAAAGGCAGGGGGCCACAGGCUUUGGCCAGGGCAACAUCAGGGCCCUGUGGCAGUCCGUGCAGGAGCAAGCUGCCAGGAGCCAGGAAGCUUGA